UGCAAAAAAUAUAUUUUGGUUGACCAUAAAUAUAUACAAUUAGCAACUUGUACAAUAUAUUAAUUCCUAUCUCCACUACAAACCAAAAGCUGAAACAUAUGCAGAUCGAUAUAUAUUAUUUAAACAAGCUAGACACAUAGAUGUCCGCAAAAAAUAAUCUCAUUAUGAACAAAAUACAAGGAAAGGUCGCUAUAAUCACCGGAGGAGCAAGUGGUAUUGGCGAAGCCACUGCUCGUUUAUUUGCCAAACAUGGGGCGAGGGCAGUGGUGAUCGCCGACAUUCAAGACGAUCUUGGCAAAGAAGUCGCUUUAUCCAUCGGCUCAAAUCAAUGUACAUACAUUCACUGUGACGUUACCAAUGAGUCCCAAGUGAAGUAUCUAGUGGAGACGACGGUUGAGACAUAUAGUCAGCUAGAUAUCAUGUUUAGUAACGCUGGCAUCAUUAGUAAAUCCAAACAGAAUGUGGUUGACUUUGAUAUGGAUCAAUUUGACCGUCUCUUUGCAGUCAACGUCCGUGGAAUGUCUGUAUGCGUUAAGUACGCAGCACAGGCAAUGGUAAAAAGAGAGGUUAAAGGGAAUAUUAUUUGUACUUCGAGUAUAAUGGGCAGGAUUGGGGGAGAAGGACGGACGGAUUAUUGUAUGUCAAAGCACGCAGUGGUUGGACUAAUGAAAUCGGCAAGUAAGCAAUUGGGGCAGUAUGGAAUUCGGGUUAAUUGUGUAUCUCCAUUUGGGUUGGCUACACCUUUGACUUGUAACUUGCUUGAGAAAGAGGCUGAAGAAGUGGAAAAGAUUUAUCAGCCGAUGACUAGCUUGAAAGAUGUGGUUUUGAAAGUGAAUGAUGUUGCUGAGGCAGUUUUGUUCCUUGCUAGUGGGGACUCUGCUUUUAUCACUGGGCAUGAUCUUGUUGUUGAUGGGGGUUUUACUGUUUGAUAUCUUUUUUGAUAUAUUAUCUUGGGUUUUAUAAUAAAACUUGCAAUAAACGUUGAACGGGUUUUUUUCUGGUCCAUUGGUCGGUCAGGUCAAAAGCCUAUAUU